UUCUACACCUGUAAUAAAAGUUGGUCGUGGGCGCCGCGUGUUCGUUGGGUUCAGUGCGAUUUUUCUGUUUGCCCGCGAAUUGACAUCGUCGAAUAUCAGGUUGAUCGUAUAUCGUUUAGCCGCACAAAAACGGAUUUUAAAAAAUUCGUCCGCUCAGAUUUUUUUUUAAAAUUUUGUUCGUCCACUCGUAAAAAACAAAUUUAACCGUUAUCAAUUUAUCAUCCGUGGUGUGGAUUUCAAGUGAUAGCGGUGAACAAUAAUAAAAAAGCAACACAUUUUCGGGCGGGUCUGCGAGGCGCGAGCGCAUCCUUUGAUAAGAGAUAAAGCUGUACGAGCCUCAAUCGCGGCCGGUUGUCGUUUCGUCGUCACGUAAUUUAUAGUGACCAGUGUUCAUAAUUAUUAAAAAAAAUGCUAUAUAUAUUUCCGCCGUUUUCCGUAGUUAUUUUUCCGUUUGCGCGUUUUUGUUGAGCGGACGUGUUCAGUGUGCCGAUCGCCGUCACCGAAGUUGUGUUUGUCUCGUCCAUCGCAUCGAGUUAAGUUGAACCGGUUUGAAUGUGUGCCCGUCGAAUUUAUUUAUUCAAACGACUCUAGUGAUCCCAACCACGACGACCACCACCACACCGAAUAAUCGACCCCGUCUCUGAACCGUCUUCACCGUACAACUACGGCUAAUGGACUCGUGAACUACACGACCACCGUGUGCUCAUAGCCACAUAGCCACGAGAUAAUGUCCACGACGCCGUUCGUGGUCAAGCACGAUGGGAAGAAGCACAACAUUGAACACUUUUUGCGCUUCCAUCCGGGCGGCACCAACACAUUGUCAUUUCUGAAGAACGCCGAUGUCACCGACCGGCUGCUUACCACUCACCACUCUGCUGCUGCAUACGAGUUGCUCAAGGAUUAUAGAGUAGACGAGGAAGAUGUAAACAAACACAUUAGAGAAGAUGGCGAUCUAGAAAGUCUUGUAGAUUGGAAUCGACCUAUGUUUUGGCAAGUUGGAUCAUUAGGCCCAAAGUAUAAAGAAUGGGUGUUGGCUCCUGUUGAUCGAAAACUGAGAUUGUUCGGCUCCGACUUCAUAGAAUCGCUCACGAUUACUUCAUGGUAUAUGGUGCCAUCGAUUUGGAUACCUGUGAUGUUUUACCUGAUAUUCAUUGGUUACCAGAGGUUAAGAAGUUCACUAACCAGCACAGUAGAUCAAACAAUUACUUCAGAUCAUUUUUCGAUAGGAACUUUGGUCAUAAGUUCAACAAUUUUGGGAUUACUUUUGUGGCCUCUUAUUGAGUACACCAUUCAUCGCUGGCUGUUUCAUCUGCAGCCUCCAGACAACUCACCAUUACUUAUCACAUUGCAUUUCGGCAUUCACGGACUUCAUCACAAGGUGCCAUUCGACGACCGACGGUUAUUGUUUCCGCCGGGGCCGGCCGCAGUACUAAUAUCGGCUGCGUACGCUAUAUACCUGAUGCUGUUUCCUCAUUGGAUGGCGCCGCUCGUAUUAGCCGGCAUGAUUGCGGGCUAUGUAACUUAUGAUUUAAUACAUUUUUACUUACACUACGGAUGUCCCAGGGAAGGAUCGUACCUGUACACAAUGAAAAGAUACCACAACCAACAUCAUUUCGCGCACCACGAGAGCGGUUUCGGUAUCAGCAGCCAAUUUUGGGACCACAUAUUCGGCACAGCGAUUGCACUGAAAAAGCUUAGCCGAUGUUUAAAAUGGUACUAACCUACUACCCAUAAACUCGUGCCUUAUAAAUUAUGAUAUAUUAUAUAAAAAAAAAAACAAAUUAAAUUAUAACAUAAUAUAUAUAAACAUAUUCAUAUAUAUAUAAUAUAUAUAUAUGGUGUAUAUGUGUUGAUAUAUACAAUUAUUAUUAUUAUUAUUAUGAUACAAAAUAAAGAAAUCACACCAAAUCUCGGAGUGCCUAAUGAAACUUAAAUAUUACAAUUAAUUUAACAAAGAAUGACCCGCUCACGGAAGCAGUCAUAACACAAUGGUAUAAUAAUAUAUACAUGUAACUCGUCUCAUUUUGUUAUGCAUACAAUAUAUACAAAAAUGUAUUUAUUGUCGCUUUUCAUUGCUAUUUUUUUCAAAGGUAUUACAAAACUUUAAAGCUGUUUUGUUGUUACUCUGUACAUUAUCAUUAUUAUUAUUGUUUUUUUUUUUGUCUUUUUAAAUAAUAAAAACAAUAUUAUUUAUA